AUGGACGAGUAUCAGGACGACGGUCCGCAAUCGUCGCAGACGUACUCGAGAGACGCUGGAAGUAUCCGCGAGGGCAACUACAUUGUAAUCUCGGGACGGCCUUGCAAGGUGGUGGACGUUUCUACUAAAACUACGUCGAGUGGGCACAAAAAGCUCACUUUCGUCGCAACUGAUUUGUUCACCAAUGAUAGGCGGGACGAGAUGGCGCCGUACUCCCACAGUGUCGAGAUGAUGGGCUUCAACGAUUAUACACUUCUCGAUAUUACCGAGGAAGGCUUCGUAUCUGUUAUGAACGAGAAGGGUGACACGAGGGACGAUCUCCCCCUUCCCCCCGACGAGGCUCUCCGCUCACAGAUCAAGGCCUGGCAUGGAGAAGACAAGGAGCUGUCCCUUUCUGUGAUCAGCGCAAUGGGUCAGGAGCAAAUCUUCGCUGUCAAGGAGAUUAAUGCCCCACAGAGCAAAUCUUCGCUGUCUACGCUGUGA